GCCACGAGGCCAAAAUCGACCCGGAUCCCGAGCUUGUGGCCAUAGCGUUCCAACCUCAUCGACAGAGUAUAGACUAAAGAGUUUGUUCAGGUCAUUGAACGCGCCCUGACGCGACGCUCGUUUGUUACCGUUGCUCUCGGGCAGUGAUGACGCAUCGCAAGAACUAUUCCACGGGAUUGCCAUUUGCGUACACCGCCAAUGUGUCGGAUUUGCAACGAGAGGAGGCAAGACCAAUUCAACUGCAUCGUAACCAGAAUGAAAUCCAAACUCGACAAGAUGCAAUGACCCAAGCCGGGAUUUCAGCUCAAGGAAAUGGCCAGAGGUAUCUUAAGCUCGGAUUGAAUGAGCUUGACGGUACUGCCAUCUCCAGCGUGAAUGGCCUCCGACAAUAUCAGAGCCUAGGCAAGGAAGAUGAGGGAUAUGGCAGUCUUGCCGAUGAGAGUCCGGUUGAAGACCGUUCUUCUGCCGUUCAUGCCGUCCGGCAAAGUCAAGCAGGCGCCAACGCCAAAAGUGAGCAGUUCUCUCGUGAUGCUAGCGAGGGCAACGUACUUGGUGGUGGGAGAGAUGCCUCAAUCUUGAGACAUGAAAGAGAUCGAGGGCAUUUGGAUGAUUCCAAGGAAAGGAAAGCUCAUGCCAAUCCGAUAUCAGCCACCACCUCUCGCACCUCGAGGACGGAGAUUCCCCCUGUCCCAGUCAUCCCAGACAGGCUGCGACCGAAGAAGACAUCAUCAAAGGACUGGGAUUUCGCGCGUAGCCCUGGCUCUCGCAAGUCGAAAUCAAACAAGGAACCUGUGUUUGAACAGGUAGAAGGAGCUAAGCUGGAUGCCCGGCCUCCGUCGUACUCCAACUCACAUAAUAUGGAGGAAGUCAUUCCUGAGGUCGAAGCUUCCGACAUUCGCAGCAUUCCCGGCCACAAGGUCCACCUGAACUGGGAAAGCAGUGUCGUUGAAGAUGACUCCUCAACAUCGUCAUCGCAAUCUCAAACAUCGGAGGACGGCGCAGCCUCCCCAUCGUGGUCCCGAAGCUCGGGGUCGUCCCCUUCCACGUUGACGAAUGGUAUCACCAGAUCAUAUCAGCAUGCAGGCGCAGAGCAUGCACCUUCUGUCGACCGCAGGGAUGCGGGUGGCUCGCCUGACCAGGUCCCUGCUCUCGCAAGCACAUUGGCAACGUCGGAGGCUUUUCAAACGAACGACAAGGUGGCUGUCAAGAGUCUACCUUCCGGCUCGACGAUGACAAGGAAAGUGGACCUCGCUGUGAUCCAAGAAGAAGAUGGCGAGUCUCUUGUCGAUGACGACAACUCGGCUGCUGCACCACCCCCUGCGGUAAAAGGUGUCAAAGAUUCGGAUAUCGACGGAAAUGUAUCAAAGUCGGGUGUUAUCCCAUCUGAACAGAAAGGGCAGGCCUCACUAAGGGCGCCCCAGUCACCCCCUAAAGUCCUUUCGGCCUCUGGCAUAGGUGACGACUCGCAUAUCUACGAGACUGUCCCUGAGGCAUCGAUCAGUGACAGCAGCAGCCCGACAAGAGUCGAUACGAGCAGCGAGAGUACCGCCUCCAGCUCUGCAAGCUCCAUCAGCAACGGACCGUUGGACCAUGUUCAACAUGGCUUGUCAAAAGUGGCGCAUGCUGUCCACGGCAAGGUCAAAAAGAGCGUUAGCUUCAACCUAGUAGAUGAUGUGAGGCUCCGGACACCCUCACCUAGCCGGUCAGGUUCAGUUGAAAUGCGCAACGGCACCUGA